CAACAAUAAUAAUAAUGUGAUGAUGAUGCCAUUACAGGCUAUAAAUAAUGUAACAAUCAAUAAUUUAUUCUUCAAUAAUUUAAAGUAAUAUAUAGCUUCUGAGCAAUAAUCGUAUCAGGUAUGCCGAUUUUUACAUUUUCUUUUAAGUUUUAUCGAACGUAAAAUGGAAUCUCUGGCUGGUGAAUAGGCGGACAGCGCGCUGAUUGGUCCGUUGUUUGUGCAGCAACCAAUUGGACAGUCCAUUAGUGAUUACACCCGGUGAAGUCGCCGCCCACCCGCGGUGUCUAUGCAAAUAUAGUGGCGACGCUUCCAACUGGAUAAACGAGUCGAGUACAGGACAGGCUUUCGUCCGUCAGAGGGAGUCCACUUUCUUAGUUUUAGAAGUUUCACACUUUGUUUGUAAUUUGUAUCUGAUCUUUUUUUUUUUUUUAAUCUCUUUUUACUCGGUCCGUGAUUACUUUGGCAGUCGGAAGAGUCGGUGUGAAUAGUUUGUUCAUGCGGCGUUUCAGCUCCUCUAACUCCUCUCUCUGCUGAGACGCGGCAGCUCCGUGGGCCAGAGUUGAUGCCUUUCUUCACCGUGUUUAGUGUGCCCCCUGGACUAAACUGUAGGCGACGAGCAUUUAUCUUUUCAAGUCUUCGUGUGUAAGGCCUCUAAGGUUGAAAUUCUGUCAAAGAAAUAUGUUGUGGAAGUUGGCAGAUAACGUGAAGUACGAGGAGGAUUGUGAGCAAGAGAGGCACGAUGGCAGCAGUAAUGGAAAUUCACGGUUACCGCAUCAUCCAGUGGUUAGUCAGCCUCUCUACAGUCCGGCGCCUUCUCUAUCACACUCAACAGGCUCUGACUUUCAACCGCCAUACUUCCCCCCUCCCUACCAACCACUACCUUACACCCAGCCGAAUGACCCCUACUCUCACCUCAGUGACCCAUUCAACAUCAACUCUAUCCACCAGUCCCCAACAUCUAAUCAGCAACAGCCGUGGCCCGGCCGUCAAAACCAAGACGGGAUUGGACCGCAUGCUCGCAGUGGACUCGCCACUCAGAUUCUAGGCUUAGAAAGUAGACCAUCCAGUGUUCAGAGAGAUGGCUUUAGGCGGCCAGAGUUGCUACCUCCACAUGUCCAUGGACUUGAGUCAGCAAUGGGCGAGAACAUGGGAUUGCAUGAAAUGGGGCAAGGACUCGAUGAUGUCCAACAUGUGGAUGAUCACAGUAUUGUAACUGCUGACCAGACCGUCAUCAAAAAAGGUCCAGUGACUCAUCCUAAGGGCAACCAGAUAGGUGUUCCCUUCCAGAGGGAGUCCCUACUUGGUAUGGUGUCCAAUCCCACAGAAGUGUUCUGUUCUGUGCCUGGCCGCCUCUCUCUGCUCAGCUCCACCUCUAAGUACAAGGUGACUGUAGCCGAGGUUCAGAGACGCCUAUCCCCGCCUGAGUGUCUCAAUGCCUCUCUGCUCGGUGGGGUCCUACGCAGGGCUAAAUCUAAGAAUGGUGGGAGAUCACUCAGAGAGAAGUUGGAUAAGAUUGGGUUGAACUUACCAGCAGGUCGGAGGAAGGCGGCUAACGUCACUCUUCUGACAGCGCUUGUAGAAGGUGAGGCUGUACACCUGGCCCGAGACUUUGGUUAUGUCUGUGAGACAGAGUUUCCCGCUAAGGCAGUGGCUGAAUAUCUGGGAAGACCCCAUGUUGAACGCAACGAGAUCAACUCUCGCAAGAACAUGCUUCUGGCUGCCAAGCAAAUCUGCAAGGAGUUCACAGACCUCCUGACACAGGAUCGCAGUCCACUGGGCAACUCACGGCCGGUUCCCAUCCUGGACCCGGGCAUCCAAGGCUGUUUGACCCAUUUCAGCCUCAUCACACAUGGCUUUGGCUCACCAGCCAUUUGCGCUGCCAUGACCUCGCUGCAGAACUACCUCAACGAGGCUCUGAAGCAGGUGGACAAAAUGUACCUUAAUGCAACUGGAGACUCUUCACAAGGCUCCUCAGAUGGAAACAGCAAAGCUAUGGACAAGAUGGACAAGCACAGGAAGUGAAGCGUCCGGGUUGUGCUGGAGCAUUUUUUGAGGACCACAGAGCGACUGGUGCCUCGUAACCUUCUUGUCGGUCUAGUUGUUAAUGGCUCAGUGCCCCCUCCUUCAUAUUCUGGUCUUCCAGAACACAGAGGUUCUCUUUUGCUCUUUCGAGUAGCUGGGACCGAUUAUUGUAAUUUCUGCAACAAAAUCUCUAGACAUAUGCUCACCCAACAAUAUGGUGGGAGCUUUUUUUCUUCUUCUUUUUUUUUAAACCAGAUACCAUUUCAAGAGUUUUUUAUGUGGAUUUCAGCUUUUGUUUUUUUCAUGAAGAGGAAGUCCCACAUUUUUGAUGUCAUCAUCAUUGGUGCUGACCCUUUACACAACAUGCAGAGGACAUGUGAUCAACAUUGAAAGAAUAAGUAGCUUUUUGCUUGACUUCAUUUUGAUGCAGUGUUAUUGUACUUCUGUCUGUGAGAGUAUUGUUAGCAUGGAUGAGUGUUAUUAUUCCUCUAUUCAUAACUAAGUAACUUCAUAACUAAGUAUAGAUACAAAUGUCCCUAAAAGCACUGAAAGAUUUGUCAAGUGACAAUUUGGGCUAAAUACAAAAUGUUCUUUCAGGGGCGUUUUUUAUUUUAUUUGUCCUAUUAGCUUUACACCAAAUGUUCACCAAUUAAGAUCGCACUGAUGAACAAAUUUGCUCCGGUUAAGUACACUGGUAACCUGCUUACUAUUUGUAUCCAAAUCCAACAGUUUUCUGAAUAGCAGAGUCAGACAGACAAAUGCAUGUGUGUUUUGUGUGAUAUUACAUGUUUUCUGUAAAUACACUUUUUUUAUACGUUUAGAUUAAAUGGACUAGAAAGUUUGCUUCCACUUAUCUUACUCUAAAUGUAAAUACUUUCUAAUUUAUGUUGUAAUUUAAUGGGAUUUGUAAAUACUGGUACAAUUCUGGUGUAUGGUUUUGUUUUCAAAAAGAUGUCGUAUUCUUUCUAUAAAUAGGUUAGUUUUUAUCACAGUUGUUAGGCCUUGGGGAUUUCAUUUCUUUUCAUAUAUGUGUAAAAGCCUUUUAAAGCUAUAAGAUAAAGAAGAAUAAAAAGAAAACACUGUUCAUAGU